AUGAGAGGUCAGUUUGCAACCGGUUGCCAAGUGUCCAGUGUUGCCGAAUUUGCAGUGAUUUGGCUAUUGAUCGUGCUGUUCAGUGCGUGCGCCGUCGCCAACAACAACAAUACCGACAAGAACGUCUCCACUUUCAGAGACACCCUUCGCGUUGAUAAUGGUACGCGAUGUACGGGUUUCUAGACCACGCAUGGGGAAAGUUAGGCCAUCUGAAAGUUGGCUCGUUUGUCGGGUUUCUAGGCCACGAAUGGGGGAAGUUAGGCCAUCUGAAAGUUGGCUCGUUUGUCGGGUUUCUAGGCCACGAAUGGGGAAAGUUAGGCCAUCUGAAAGUUGGCUCGUUUGUCGGGUUUCUAGGCCACGAAUGGGGAAAGUUAGGCCAUCUGAGAGUUGGCUCGUUUGUCGGGUUUCUAGGCCACAAAAGGGGAAAGUUAGGCCAUCUGAAAGUUGGCUCAUUUGUCGGGUUUCUAGGCCACGAAUGGGGAAAGUUAGGCCAUCUGAGAGUUGGCUCGUUUGUCGGGUUUCUAGGCCACGAAUGGGGAAAGUUAGGCCAUGGGUUUCUAGGUCUCUUAACAUUGACAAAGCACUGUGGGAUAGGCCGCCACUAAUCCAAUAACUUGAGAAAAGUGUAUUGGAAUGCUAGGCCACCGUUUUGCCUUGCAGACGACCUCCUGAUGUCCAUCCAAUCCGUCGCGGACCUUCCGCUGCGCGCCUUCCUCCGCCACCUCUUCCGCCUGUACAAAGCGAACGGAUUCUCGAAGAGCAACGCGAUAAACGGACUGAUUCUCUCGCAAAAGACCAUUUCUCCCGAAGUCUACACUGCUUUUGUUCGAAUUCUCGAGUUGACCCGGACAGAAAUCCGGCAGGGAGACGGUUCCCUCGCCGUUAUUGAAGCGGCCAUUUGGCUGAAUGACCUGGGAGAUGAGACGGCUGGAAAUGUUCUGGAAGUGGCCCGCGGCAUUGUGAAUUUGACGUCCGACAAGCGACUGGACGAGCAGAGGGUAUUUGCGAGAAAAUUGGACGGUUUGUGGACGGAUUUGAGGAGUUUGGAGGUCCACAAACGCGUGAAAAGGCAAGACGAGGAAUCGGGGUCCAUUUCGCUGGUCCCGGAGCUCAAGAAUCUUGUCAAACUCGUCGGAAACGUCAUCCGAAGCAUUCCACGCACUGAUAUUGUCGAUCUUUUGGACAAGAUUCAGAAUGUGUUGAUCCGAAACGCGAACGCUCUUUACAAACGUCUUCAGCAUACGACGUCGGCGAAGAAACGCGACGAUUCUGUGAAGAUUCAGGCGGUCGUGACGGAAUAUGAGAUUGAGAAUAUUCUGGAGGCGGCAAAGACGGAGAGUAGUCGGAUUUUGAGUCAGGAACUGCUAAACGAGAUCCAGAAGCUGUUCGAGGCGGUCCUGGAAGUUGUGAGCCAUAAUCAACAGGUGGUGGUCCCAGUGGAUACCCUUUUGGAACCCAUCAGACACCUCCAACCGCAAUUGGAACAAGUUUUGCAAGCGCUGAACGGAUCUGACGCCCAACUUCGUCGCAUUCUGAUCCGCAGGACCAAUGAGCUCUACACGGACCUUGGCGCACUUUUGGAGCAAAAUCUUGUGGAUAAGGUGAAUCUGACGCUCAAAUUUGCGGAACUGCACGUGGUGAUGGAUGUGAAGAGCGUUGUUGGAUCGAUGCCGGAGCCGGAGAGUCGGGAGAAGAUUCGGAAACUCUUUGGCCAGGUUUUUAAACCGGACGGUCCCUAUAAGGCCACGGCUCAACUCUUGCCACCAAUCGAACAUCUCGAAGCGUUCCUCGACGAAGCACUUGAGUCCGUCAACCGAUCGGCACCGGACGUAUUCAAAACCCAACAGGAACUGGUCCGUCAGGUGAUGAUCCUGAAGGCAAAUGAGUUUUAUGAACGGAUCCAACGAGACUACGCUGAUUUGAUGAAAUUGCUCAUGAUCUACGAGUUUGAUAUUGUGAUCAAUGUGCAAGAGGUGAUGGGCGGAGUGUCGGUGGUCCCUGAGAGUCGGAGAGCCAUCCGAUUGCUCCUUGUGAAUGUGUUGAGCGUGUUUGAGGAAGCGGAACCAUUGGAACUACUGCAACCCAUUCGACACCUCGAACCUGAACUCGGAAACGUUCUUGAAGCGCUCAACGAAUCCCAUCCCGGACUUGUGGGACCGCGUUUCGACGAGAUCCGCAAGGUGCUUGUGAAUCAGACCAAUCAGCUCUAUGAGCAACUUUUGAAGCAAAACGCGGAAGAUCACAUCACCACGACGCUGAAAUUUGCGGAACUUUUUGUGGUGAAGGAUGUGGAGCGCAUCACCGGACUCGUUUUGGACCCGGAAACUCGGAAAGCGAUCAAGGCGUUCUUUCGGCUGCUGGUCCCGGUCGGUUGGGGACCGGUCAACCUCAACCGCACCGAAUUCAUUCAUUCGCUACUGGAAGACGUCCGAGCCACCAUCGAGCGGGACCCGAACGACACGGACCACGUCGCCCGGCUUGUGAAGCAUGCCGCCCACGCGCUCAGGACCAUUUUCGAGCAAACGAGCGGACACGAACCGAUCUUGGAACUCGACAAUAGUAUUGAGAAGGUGGUCAUUGAGACGGGGCUCGAGUUGGAAGAGUUGAGAAGUGACGCGAGGUAUUCAGAGGUCUUUGAUGGGGACCGUGUUCGUGAGGAGCAUGUGCUGGACCUCGUGGAUCAAGCGGUUAGGGCGAUGGUCGAGGAUGUUGUGGAAGAAUGGGAAGAUCCGAUAUAUAUAUUGGAAGCACAACUCGAAGGGUUCAUCAAGAAAUGGCUCAUCGAACACCUUCCCGAGUACUUUGAAGGCUUUGUUUCCACUCUACACUUUGCUCCUAUCCUGGCUCGAGCUCAAACGGACCUUCAAGACGCUCCAACCCUCGAGCCGCAACUCCUCUUGGCCCUCCCACGCGUGCCCACUCAACCGGAAGACCGCGCACAGCUCGACAGAAUGCUCCGAGAGCUCAGAACCCGGCUCGCCGAUCAACUGGGACUCUAUGAGCCUGACGGGCUCCUCGAGCAACUUCCAUUCUUGGACCAGCUGGCUCACAUCCCGCUGAGCACCGAGGAAACCCGUCAAUUGCUGCAAAGUCUCGAGGGAACCGUGAAAUCGGCGAGUGGAUCCGAAGCGCUCGCCGAUUCGAUGAAAGUUUUGGCGCGAAACGCCUCGAAGCCCAAUCGUCAGAUGCUCCGAGCCAUUGGAGCCGUGGCCGCUCAACGCAAAAUCCGAAAAACCGACUUCCUGCACUUGCUCCAAACGAUUUCCGAGCAACGUGAUCCUUUGGAAACUCGAUUGGUGCUGAGAGCCGGAGCCCGGCUUCUCGCGAACUUUGGCACGAAUCUGGACGAGGUGCUCGAUCGGCUGGCGGCCGCUUCUUCGGCUUCUGGUCCCAGUUUACCGCGAAAAUUGGAACUUGUCGAGGCCAUCCGUCGAACAGCGCUCGGAGACGGUGGAAAUCACUUUGCUCCGACCGCACUCCUGCUCAAAAUGCUCGAAACGCCCCCGAUCGAGUUUUACGCGCAACUCGACGACGUCUUUGGCGAUUCGGAAGCGCUCGGAGAGGCGGAAAAAGUGCUCGCGGAGCUGGGCAACCUGAAACCAGAGCCCGAGUUCUUUGCGCUCUUUGACACGCUUCCCGCGACGGGAAACUUUUCCGAAGUGCUCGAUUCGUUUCAAAUUCUCGCCGACGCUUCUCGAAUCCGCUACUUUGCCACGUUUUUGCACUCUCAAUCGCCGCGAAACGUGCUCCGAACCCUGCGGACCAUCGGCGCGGAUCCCCGGCUCAUUGCCACGUGGAAUCAACUUUCGCAGCCGCUCGACGUGCUUGUCGAGCUGCUCCGGACCGUCGGCAGCUAUGAGAACCUGGUGAGACUGCUGGAAGUGCACGCAGAUGUCAGUCUGGACGAGGAGAGUCCCGAUCGAUCGGCUCAGAACAUUCUCGACCUGAUUGCCUUUCUGGAUGCUCAUCCCGACGGUUUCGACGCGCCAGGUAACACAAAAAUGAGGUUGGAAUGGCUGAAAUGCUUGAAUUUUUGUUCCAGAAGCUCCGGUCACCCCUCAGACCCCGCAACUCUAUCGAAAUUCGACUGAAGGACCACCAGAAGUUUCAGGUACUUUCAAAAAUCGUCGAAACCCUAAAAUCUAUAGAAUUUUUGUUCCAGAAGCCCCGUCGGAACUCCAUCAGUAUGCGACGGAAGAAGCUCUGAAGCGAACGGGUGCCUUCCAUCAAACAAAUGCUUUGAAAUGUAUAAUAUUGGUUUCAGAAGCAUUCAAUGUCGCUUCCGAAGUUCCGGAAGAGGAGGAAGAAUUCCCGAUGGACCCUUGGGAUCCCUCUCGGAAGAAGGUAUGGUCUAGAAUCCCAAAACCUCUAAAAAUUUGCAAAUUUUCAGCGUUCAAUUCGUCUGGGCGGGCGUCGAGGAUCCGAUUAA